UCGAUUCACCGCUGCUGUGGAGGAUUGUUGUCAUUUUUCUGUGGCUAGCCUUUACUGCUAGCUAUCCGUUUGAUUUCUCUCCAACAUACUUUGUUCCAGCAGGAUGUUAGGAUGGAGUGUGGGCCAGUUCUGCCGGACAGCCUGGUAUUGGAGAUCUUCCUGCGUCUGCCCCAUGAAGCCGUGCUGAGCGCUGGUCUGGUCUGCAGACAGUGGCUGGCCGUCUCCAGAGAUGAGUUCCUGUGGAGGGAGCUGUUCUACAGCUUCUACCGCAUACCUCGCCCUGUACCUCGACACCCAGCAUCGGUGUCAUGGUACAGGGAGUUCAAGCGUUUGUUUGACUGCAUCCCCUGUGUGGAGGUUCAGACGCUGGUAGAGCACACUGACCAAGUCCUCCACCUGGCCUUCUCUCACCGGGGUCACCGAUUCUCCUCCUGCUCCAAAGACUGCACCGUUAAGCUAUGGGACACAGAGCGGCCAGAUGGAAAUAUCUCCAUGGUGCACAGCUCCAGCAUGCGUCAGUUCAACUGGGGCUACACCCAGUUCUCCCAGUUCAAUGCUGACGACACCCUGCUGCUGGUGUCCGGGGUCUACCUGGGCCCCCACCACUCCUCGUCUGGGGAAAUAGCUGUCAUUAGUCUGGAUAAUUACACGUUGCUGUCGCGUGUGAGGAACAAGCCGUACGAUGUGUUUGGCUGCUGGCUGAAUGAGACCCAUCUAAUCUCUGGGAACCUGCACUGGAUCGGCAACAUGACGUCCUGCUCCGUGCUCUGGCUCAACAAAGCCUUCCAGGAUGUUGAAUCGGAAAACGUCAACGUAGUCAAGCGCCUCUUCAAGAUCCAGAACGUCAACGCCAGCACCAUCCGCACAGUGAUGGUGGCUCACUGCCGUCGCCAUGACAACCCGGACUUGGUGCUGGACUACGAAGCUCAGUCCCAGGCUCGGAGGCAGAAAGAGCAGCAGCAGCACCAGCCGCUCCUCUUUGACCUGGGGGCCUCCGGCAGUGAGGAAGAGGAGGAAGAAGGGGAGUUGGGCGAGGCUGCCAGGCUCCCCACCGCACGCCAUGCUCAGCCCACCAUCUCCGGCAUAGAGAACGUUAUACAGAGCCGUAAAAAUGUAGGUCCAACGGAGAUGGCGAUUGAGACCCACUUGGCUAAGAUGAUGGGCAAAGCGCACACGAAGGCCCCUGACCCCAGCCUCAUCGUGCCCUCUGACCCCGGGGAGGGAGAGGACAAAACGUACUUACUCUUCACCACCGGCAGCCUUACAUACUCCCCUCACCAGAUAGGUAUUAAGCUGAUCAAGCCCGAGCAGAUGACCACCAGCGGUCCCGUGCUCGGGGAAGAGCGGAGUUCAGAUGAGUUUUUUGAUUCCUUGGACCAUGUUAUUGAUAUCCACGGACACAUCAUCGGUAUGGGCCUUUCUCCAGACCACAGGUACCUUUAUGUGAAUAGUCGAGCUUGGCCGGCGGGGUGUGUGAUCUCUGACCCGAUGUCUCCUCCUCCCAUCGCCGAGGAGAUCGACCUCCAUGUCAUCGAUCUGAAGAGUUUGAGGGAGGAGAGGAGGAGCCUGCGCGCUCACCGAGCCUUCACGCCUAACGACGAGUGCUUCUUCAUCUUCCUCGACGUCAGCAGAGACUUUGUUGCCAGCGGAGCAGAGGACAAGCACGGCUACAUCUGGGACCGUCACUACAACAUCUGUCUGGCCCGGCUGGCUCACGACGACGUGGUGAACUCUGUGGCGUUCAGCCCGGCGGACCAGGAGCUGCUGCUGUCCGCCAGCGAUGACUCUACCAUUAAGGUGUGGCGCUCGCCCCGCAUGGUCCGCCUGGCGCAGGCCCCGCACCGCCCGCACCGGCCCCGCGGCCUCCUGUCCUCCUGGCUGAGCCGCAACAAAAACUCAACGUGUGCAAGCAGCAGCGUGAACGGAAAACCGUGAGUCAGGUUGGAAAACACUUGAAGGCGGAGAGAGAGCGAGGAGAGGAGAGGAAAGCUCGAUGUUUCCUCUGCGGUGUGAAUAUAUUUAUAUACACUCCAUGUAUAUGUACAGUGUGGUUACAGUCGGUGGUGUUGCUUGAGCUCACUGUGUUGUGCCACACAUCAGCGCUCAGGUAACAGGAGAUGUGAUGCGACUCAGGGUGUAGCCACAAGAGAGCGCUGUUGCACCAGGACGACAGACUGCUGACAGGAGUAAGAUGUUCUCACAGGUAGAGGUAGUGUAGAGCUGACACCUGAAUGCACCACACAGACGUCCGUUUUUAUCUGUAAUGUUGAGCAGGUCAGGGCUCCUGGACCUGAGGUGUAAAUGUUUGUGAAUGUCCUGCAGAGACGUCAUGUCCGGCUCAUCAGAGGCAAAGUGCUGUAAAGAAAUGUCCUUUCUUACUACUGGCUUUGUCCAAUUGAUGUCCCGUGUAAACACACUCCAAAAAUGGUGUUUUCAAAGACUUAUAAAACCAUUUAGCGGCAGUCUGCCUGUUUUUUUUAUUAAAUCCCAUCCCCAUUUUUUGUGGCCCCAAAAAUGAUCAAACCUUAUUCUGUCCAAAGGAGGAUUACUGAGUUAUUUAAUCGAGAAUAGUUGCUGAGGAUCAUUACGCGUGACUGUGAACAAAAGAAAUGUUGUUUGUGGCUUAUUGGUAUGUGGGUCCUUAUUAUGUAGAAUUGUAUUUAAACACCUUUUUUUCACAUCUAGUAGAGCAAACCCCCUUUUAAGACUUCUGACACAUUUACAAGAAGAUUCUCCUGGCUGUUUUUUUAUCUAAAAAUGUAUCUGCUGUUCCCCUCUUGAAGUCUAAACAUUGACAUGAUAUUGGAUGAAUACGUUCAGUAAAUUGGCAGCUCAUUAAAGUUGUAUCUUAUUUCAACAGAUUGAAAAAUGUCCAAAUGCAGACUGUUCUGGACACGUUUAAUAAGAAAUGUCACCUAAAUCUUUCAUUUAAAAAACAUUAUUAAUUGGAGCAAACUUUCUGCUGCCCUAUAUUCAAAAGUCUGAUAAUUUUUCUGUUUUCUUUAAAUGUUUCUGUGUACAUGUUACCCCCAUCUUUUUUAUCAUGCCUGUAGUCCUCUCAAGGUUGUACGCUGAAGGAGAAAACCAAAAGUAAAACAUUGAUGCUUUCAGUUGCAAUUGAAGCCCCACAAGUUUCAGGUACUUUACUGGGAAGAUACUUUUAUUUCUGUUGAGAGUCCCUGCUGAAUUAUGUUGCGACAAUGAUCGCUCAUUUAAUUAUGAACGUGGGUGCAUUUCAUAUGUUCAGAGUAACCUGUGGGAAUUUCUUUCUCAGCUGAAUCUUCCCAUUGAAAAAUAUUUCCCUUUUGAAACUUUCUCCUUGGUUCCUUUUUACAACUUUCUUAUCUGUCAUUUUUACUGUAGCUCCAUCUUGUAAAUCAUUUCCUGUCCUCUGAUGUCCUUUUCCAACUCCCCUUAAAUAAAAAACAUGCCAUAAAUGGCCAGUCUUCUGCAAAA